UCUUCAAUCGACCUGGUUCGGGUUCAAAAAAACGUACAAGAGAAUUUAAUGAUAUGAAGUCUCAAUCUGCAUCGAUACAUGCCUUGCUGAAUUGCCCAGAAGUUCAACAAUAUUAUGAGUAAGUUGUUAUUAUUUUGCACUAAAUAUCCAAGCACAAGGCAUACCAACUAACUUAAACUCCAUUUUGUCGGACAGUUACUUUGCGCAUUUAAAUGGCGUUGAAAAAGUGUAUGACCAGUUUGGGAAGUGGUUUAACGAUUAUGGUCAAGAUUGAUAAAGAAGAAAGGUUUUAAAGGAUUCUUUGGGGAAGCAGCAGCUUCGGCAAAGGUGAAAAGAGGGGUAAGAAAACAAAGAAGGGUAAGGAGAUGAGAGUUCCCCAGAGACCACCAGAAAACCUUAUGAUUAGAGAUAGAAGCUUGUCGCCAAGUCUCCCACCACGCGGCGCUCCAUUGCCUCAUGACCCCCUCAUUAAUGACAUUGCAUAUAGUCUUCCACCUCCAUACAGCUUUGGCCUGCCCUAUAUGGCUCCACGACAGGGCUUUACUGAGGCGUCUCUCUUGAUCCCCUCAAUGAUGUCCACACUAGGUUAUGCUACCCCACAGGGCUUCACUCGGUAUACUCUCGGAUCUCAGCGGGCGGCGCCUAGUAGUACUCCGACAGCUACGCCCAGCCCGACUGUAUCACAUCAUUCUUCAUCAUCUACUGAACAGAAUGAUAUUAAGGGUCCUGACCUUCAAGAAAGUAGUUUUGCACCUCACACUCCUAGCACGAAUGACUUACCUGGAGGUGUAAGUGCUCCACAACUGGAAUCUUAUGACUCAUCAGGGCUACUCAUCAUCGAGCCUGCAGGAUACGGUUGGUUACCGGACAAAGCUUCAAGACUCCUUACAGAUGAGAUAGAAAAACUAUUUAAAGACUCACCUACUUAGGGCCAGAUGCCACCAAAUCGUCAGAGACAGAUCUUUUAUGCGUUAAAGGUAUAUGCAUUUAUUAUUUUUAUUUAAGGGAAAAAGGUCAAUUAUAUUUCAACUUUCCUGGGUGCGCAGAUUGAAAAUUGUCUCAUUGCUGUCCCAUUACAUAAAUAACUCAAAAAAUUUCCGAGCUCACAUGAAAUUACUGUGCCAUUUGAUUGAACUAGAGAAUACUCAUAUUUGCAAAUUGUGAGCUGCAUUGGUGAAGGUCUAAUUUAUCAAUUGGCAAGUCCUUCAGAUGCUAAAUAGGAAAGUUAAAUGUUGUAUGCAUCUUUGAGCUCGACCAAUACUUACGAAAUAAUAGGCCUCCGCAACGUAUCUCUCGACCGACCUUGAGGCCAUUAAAGUUGCUCUUCUUAUGCUUUCGAAUCAAAU